UUUAGCGACGGUCCCUCACCCUGCCCAGGCAGCAGGCUGUGUCUCGACGCGCGCUCCGUGUGUAUAAUGUGAGUGCGUGCGGCACCAGUGACACUGCCCCAUUGGACUGAGACUGAGGAAUACACAGCACACAUCUCUCUUUCGCCUCGCGAUCUCGGGCAAUGAAAUAUACAAGCUGAAAACGAAGGAGGAAUAAAACCCCAAAAAUGACGGUAGAUUUUGAAGAAUGUAUCAAGGAUUCGCCCAGAUUUAGGGCGAAUAUCGAUGAAGUGGAGACGGAGGUGGUGGAGAUCGAAGCGAAGCUGGAUAAGCUGGUGAAGCUAUGCAGUGGUAUGAUCGAGGCCGGGAAGGCCUACGUCAGCGCCAACAAGCUCUUUGUCAACGGCAUCCGAGACCUGUCCCAGCAGUGCAAAAAAGACGAGAUGAUCUCGGAGUGUCUGGACAAAUUUGGAGAGAGUCUUCAGGAGAUAGUGAACUACCACAUGAUCCUGUUUGACCAGGCCCAGAGGUCCGUCAAACAGCAGCUGCACAACUUUGUAAAGGAGGAUGUGCGUAAGUUCAAGGAGACCAAGAAACAGUUUGACAAGGUGCGCGAGGACAUGGAGAUGGCCCAGGUGAAGAAUGCGCAGGCGCCGCGGAACAAACCCCAUGAGGUGGAAGAAGCCACAGGAACACUCACCAUCACCCGCAAGUGCUUCCGCCAUCUGGCCCUGGACUACGUGCUUCAGAUCAACGUCCUCCAGGCAAAGAAGAAGUUUGAAAUCUUAGAUGCGAUGCUGUCCUUCAUGCACGCCCAGCACACCCUCUUCCAGCAAGGAUACAACCUCCUGGAUGAGAUUGACCCCUACAUGAAGAGGCUGGCUGCGGAGCUGGACCAGCUGGUGAUCGACUCGGCCGUGGAGAAGAGGGACAUGGAGCACAAGCACGCCACCAUCCAGCAGAGGACCCUGAUGGAGGACUUUUCCUACGACGACUCAAAAGUGGAGUUCAACGUUGAUGCUCCCAACGGCGUCGUGAUGGAGGGGUACCUGUUCAAGAGGGCCAGCAAUGCCUUCAAGACGUGGAACAGGCGGUGGUUCUCCAUACAAAACAGUCAGCUGGUGUACCAGAAGAAGCUGAAGGACUCCCUUACGGUCGUCGUAGAGGACCUGAGGCUGUGCUCCGUCAAGCCCUGCGAGGACAUUGAGAGGAGGUUCUGCUUUGAGGUUGUCUCCCCUACCAAGAGCUGCAUGCUGCAGGCAGAGUCAGAGAAGCUGAGGCAGGCUUGGAUCCAGGCUGUGCAGGCCAGCAUUGCCUCUGCUUACCGCGAAAGCCCUGACAACUGCUACAUCGAGCGCCUGGACCGCACGGCCUCCCCGUCCACCAGCAGCAUCGAUUCAGCCAGCGAGCCCCGAGAGCGCAGUAUUCGUGGGGACGGCAUCCUGCAACGCGUGCAGUCUGUUCCCGGGAACGAGCAUUGCUGCGACUGCGGCCAGGCCGACCCGCGCUGGGCCAGCAUCAACCUGGGCAUUUUGCUGUGCAUUGAGUGCUCUGGGAUCCACAGGAGUUUGGGCGUUCACUGCUCAAAGGUCCGGUCCCUGACACUGGACUCCUGGGAGCCGGAGUUACUGAAGCUCAUGUGUGAGCUGGGGAACAGCAUCAUCAACCACAUCUACGAAGGCUCGUGUGAGGAGCUCGGCCUUAAGAAACCAGGGCCCUCGAGUUCAAGGCAGGAGAAAGAAGCAUGGAUAAAAGCCAAGUACGUGGAGAAGAGGUUCCUGAAGAAGAUGGCGGGAGGCGAGACGCUGGCGAACGGCGAGCGAAAGUCACGGCGGUGGAGUGUGAAGAAGUGCCAGAGACAUGACAGUUCCACCAAGGCACCCAAGUCACGGCGGAAGCACCGCCAAGAGCCGGGCAGUGCCUCGCCAGCCAACCUGUCCUCCGCCGCAGCCCUGGAGAGGAAGUUCCGCAGGGACUCGCUUUUCUGCCCAGACGAGUUGGAUUCGCUCUUCUCCUACUUCGACACGGGUUCCGGUCCUCGCAGCCCCGCAGGUUUGAGCAGCGACAGCGGUCUGGGUGGCAGCACGGAUGGCAGCACCGACAUUCUGGUCUUUGGCUCGGUGGUGGACAGCGUCACAGAGGAAGAGUGCGAGGAGUCGGAGGAGUCGAGCGGGGAGGCGGAGCUGGAGCCUGAGGCGUCGGACCCCGAGGACCCACGGGACCUGCACCCCAGCGCCCUGCUCUACAAGGCGUCACGAGCACGCAACCUGCCUUUCAUGGCCGAGGCGCUGGCGCACGGCGCAGACGUCAACUCCGUCCACGAGGAGGACGAGAGCAAGAGUCCGCUCAUCCAGGCCGUGAUUGGGGGCUCGUUGAUAGCCUGCGAGUUUCUGCUCCAGAACGGUGCGGACGUGAACCAAAGAGACGCGCGGGGGAGGGGUCCCUUGCACCACGCCACAUACCUGGGGCACACAGGACAAGUGUGUUUGUUCCUGAAGCGAGGAGCCACACAGACCUGCGGGGACGACGACGGCCAGGACCCGCUGAGCAUCGCGGUGCAGGCCGCCAACGCAGACAUCGUCACCUUGUUGCGUUUGGCGCGCAUGAACGAGGAGAUGCGGGAGUCAGAAGGCCCCCUCGGCCAGCCAGAUACGGCUGUUGCCAUGGGCACCAGGAAAGCACAGCUCAAGGAUUUUCGGGAUAGAGCGACACCACGUACCUUGACAUCUUUAGGGAAUUUUCGCACAUGGCGUCUCACAACCCCGAAAAGCUGAAGCGCCGCAGCGUACAUUUCCGACACUCCUUCAGGUAGCUGGAAGCUUCUCCCCACCAGGAGUCCCGCAUCUUACUUGAAGAGCGCCAAUGUCACUUUUCGGGAAAGGCUAGAAGGGUUUUCCCGGACCAUCCAGUUGAAGACAGUGUGGUAUUCUUCUGCACCUUCCUUUUUGCCAAAAUCGCUACGGCACUUGCCAACAGAGAGUCUCUUUCUACUGUGAUUGGGCUUAUGUUGAAAAAUCAUGAUCAACAUUUUUCCCCCUUUUUUUCUUUGAAUAUCACCACUGAAAUCUAUAAUUGAAAGAGACGCCACUUAAGCACAUUUAAAGUGCUCUGACCACUCCUUACGUGACUACACAAGUGACUUAAAGGACUAUUAGCUUAUUUCCAGUGAAAACAAAAUAAUAAUAGGUCUAAAUUAGACUGCAUGUCACGUUUGAUACUAAUGAGAAGCACAUGCGUAAUAAUGCACAUCGCCUUUUAUGGGAGCUGGAGGGAGACUGAGCCAAAAUGUCAUCAGAGGUAUGGGCAUAAAAUAACCCAACUUGUCAAAAAUCCAACUUCCAUUACCAUAUUUGCCUAUUUUAAUGCAAAUUCUUUGUAACUUGUGUUUUUGUGUGAGCUUUGUGGGGAUUUGCAGGACUUUUCCUCGUGUUUUACUUACUUGUUCUGUACAUUUUUUUUUCUCUGACUUUUAAAGCUUUCUUGGUGGCACUAACAGUUUCAAUAGAGUUCAUGUCCAGGGGUGUGGAUCUUACCCUCUGAAAGAGGGCUUUAGGCCGCAUGUCUGAGAAGGGCAGGACAGUGGAAGAUCCUUUCAUGUUUUCAACCUUUCUUCCUCAAUAGACAGCAUAUUAAAUGUAUCUUAAUGAGGCUAAAAUGAGAACAGGCACAAAAUAAUGCAGCGGUGGACGUCGAAUAAUUCGAAUUGCUAAAGCAAAGGCGCUUAGAUGGUGCCUUACAGUAUGGGAGGGCAAUAACACUAUAUUACUGUGUCCAUGGGUGAUGAUCACAUAUCCUGUAUUGAUAUUGCAUCAGGAAUAAACAACAGCCUCUCCGAAAAGCUGUCUGUUAAAUUAGCUGGUGUUUUGGCAUUUAAUCACUCAUUCUCUUUCCCUGAUUUCAGCCUGAAAUGUCCAUGCAGGUAACCGUGAAAGGUGUCCGUCCCAUACAGAUGUGUUUCUGAUUACGUAAAAAUGAAGUAGGCCCGCUGUCCUCUUAUAUUUUAACCCAUAAGCAUUCCUAUUUAACCAAGUCUCCUUUACAUUUUUAUACUCUACAAAGCAUGCCCUCAUUUCUUUUUGCAUGUUACUACCUGUUGUUCAUUUUCUCUCUUUUGUCAUGGUGACUAUGCUGGUG